AUGAAUUUUGCUCUGCCCACCGAGUACUAUGUCGCCAAACAAAACGCGGCGGCGGCGGCGGCGGCCAGAACGAACGGCGAGAGACCGCCAAACCUCUACCAUGCGUUUGAGGACUCGCAACAAAUCCAGCAGUGGGGCACGGCGGUCCCGCAGCAGGCCCCUCAGGGCGUGGACGGGCAGCGGCAGGCGUACUACAAUUAUCCACAGCAACAGCAACAGCAACAGCAAGAGGUUUUGUAUGCCCAGUAUCCACAGCAGGCUAUACCACCACAGCAACCACAAGCACGGGGAUUGCCGCAUGCCGCGCGAGGGGGACAACGCUCCCCUAUACGUUCACCGACCUCUCAGUCGCGCUCCUACUUGAAUGCGCAAACGCAACCCGCCGAUAGUGUCUUAUCCUGGGAAGUCCAGCUUGCCAGAUCACAUGAGAAAAGCAAAUUUCUUGAUCACCCCUCCAUCCCAAGGUUUCUACAUCCAAACUUGGUGGAGGACAUGGCACGGGUGCCACAAACCAUUCCGUAUAUUCUUCCCGUGAGCCGCACCACCAUGCGGCCAACAUUUCAAACCCUGCCAAGUACUUCACAGCUAGCCGACACACUGCAGCUGCCUCUGGGUAUCACAUUUCAGCCAUUUGCUGAAACACAAUUACCCGAAGUGGAUCUUUCAUCACUCGGAGGUAGGAUGAUUCGCUGUCGCAAGUGUUCUGCCUACAUUAACCCAUUUACCACGUUCUGUGAACAGGGGAGGCGCUGGCAAUGCAUUUUGUGUCGCCAAUUGAAUGAGGUUUUUCAGGAUUACUUUUGCCCCAUUGAUCCACAGACAGGGCUGCGAACGGAUGUGUUGCAACGGCCGGAGCUUACGUACUGCUCUGUGGACUUUUAUCCAACUUCCGAAUUUCUGCGUCGUCCACCGCAGCGUCCCGCAUUUCUGCUUAUGCUGGACUGUUCUUAUCAGGCGAUUGCUUCAGGGCAGCUACAUGCCAUUUGCCGUGGCGUUCUUUCUGCACUUGAAACGAUGAAAAAUGAGGAUGCUCUUUACAUGGGUGUCAUUGGAUUUGCCUCAACGGUGUAUUUCUUUAACUUGGGGUCCGCUCUACAGGCCCCACGGGUUAUAAUCGCACCUGACGUUGUGCACGAUGUAUGUAACGUGGAUGACAACUUUAAAUUUGAGCCUAUUGAACUUCCAUGUGCUGUGAAUGAACUUGUCGUUCACGUGAAGGAUGCCUACCGUUUGUUGAAGGAUCUCUUUGAAAAAUUACCGGAGACAUUUGCCACAACAAAAGACGUUGGAUGUGCCUUUGGUCCGGCGCUGGCUGCUGCCAUUUCGAUGUUGGAGAACAGCGGCGGCAAAAUUGUUGCGAGCAUUGACGCCAUGCCGUCCAUUGGUGAGGGAAAACUGAAACCGCGUUUCGACAUGGCAAAGUUGUCCAACCAGCCAAAGGAAUACACCGUAUGCUCGGCCGCAAAUGAGUGGUACAAGCAGCGUGCUCUGGCGUGUUCGAAUAGCAACAUUUCUAUUGAUUUGCUUGUCAGCGGUGCCCAGGAUGUGGAUUUGACGACAAUCGCUCCGUUGUCCCGCUUUACAUCGGGCAGUAUUUAUCGCUCGACUCCACUCACCAUCAACGGCAUGCCGGAGCAGGUGCACCGUAUUCUGACCCGUUACGUAGCGUUCGAGUCUAUUUUGCGGGUGCGUACAUCCAACGGGCUGGUUGUGCCUAACUUCUACGGCCAUUGCCACGUACGGGAGCCGGACCUCCUGGCGCUCCCAGUGGGUGACGAAGAUUCUUCAUAUUCGGUUCAGUUGCAGCUGGGGUCUGAGAUUAAAUCCGGUUUUGCAUAUAUUCAAGUUGCCAUUGUACACACAAAUCGUUCACGCGAACGACGGAUUCGUGUACACACAUAUCAGUUGAAUGUCUCACCUUCUCUUAGCGCCGUGGUGAACUCUGCUGAUUCUCUGGGAGUUACAUGCUUUCUCAGUAAAAUGGCUAUUGAUUUUGCCGUCAAUGCACCCUUUCAGCAGGCGGAAAAGCGAGUAACGGACAAACUUGUUGCGACGCUGCGGGCAGCCAAGAAACACAAUGAUGGUUUGGGCUUACGGUAUGGACAUUUCAUGCUGCCAGAAUCGCUGCGAUUUGUGCCGCAAUUGUUGCACGGCUUUUUUAGGAAUGCGGCGGUGGGGUUGUCUACCGCAACUCCCAUUCUUCCCGAUGAACGUGUGGCUUCCAUGUCGAUGGUCAUGUCCACUGCGCCACACACAAUGGUACCGUACUACACAGGGUGGUCAUACGAGGUGUACUCCCCCCACGCCGCACCAGAGAAUUUCCCUAUGCCCAUUUUUCCCACGCAAACGUACUUCAGGUCCGAUGGCAUUUUCCUUGUGCACGUAGGGUCCACGCUGGUACUGUGGUACGGGCGGAAGGCGGAUGCUCACGUAGUGGAGGCAUUUGGUCUCACACCGAGUGCAGAGGCGCCUCGUUCAUCACAGCCACCCAUUACGGAGGAGCAGCUUGCUGCGCUGCGUGGUCGUUUUGACGAACUCGUGUGGAAUUUGCGCCGGGAUAUUCGGGGAGCCUUUACUGCGUCGUUGGAGGCGUGUCCGCAGGGGAACUCCGUAUUUGAGCCCGCGCUAACGCGAAUGAUGACGGAAGACGAAGUGCGAACGCUUCCGAGCUACACGACAUUCCUGCGUGACUUGUGGCAGAAGGUCUCGGUCACGGGUAAGUAA